AGAGAAGCAAGAUGCCGAAACCAAUCAACGUCAGAGUAACUACAAUGGAUGCUGAGCUAGAAUUUGCUAUUCAGCCCAAUACGACUGGCAAGCAACUUUUUGACCAGGUAGUUAAAACAGUUGGUUUGCGUGAGGUCUGGUUUUUUGGGCUGCAGUAUGUGGACAGCAAAGGAUAUUCUACUUGGCUUAAACUGAAUAAAAAGGUAACACAGCAAGAUGUUAAAAAAGAGAAUCCUUUACAAUUCAAAUUUAGAGCUAAAUUCUUUCCUGAAGAUGUUUCUGAGGAAUUAAUUCAAGAAAUAACCCAGAGACUUUUCUUCUUGCAAGUUAAAGAAGCUAUCUUAAAUGAUGAAAUAUAUUGCCCACCAGAAACUGCGGUUCUUUUGGCUUCCUAUGCCGUCCAAGCCAAGUAUGGAGAUUAUAAUAAAGAGGUUCACAAACCUGGUUACCUGGCUAAUGACAGACUCCUACCCCAACGUGUUUUGGAACAACACAAGCUGACAAAAGAACAGUGGGAAGAAAGAAUUCAGAACUGGCAUGAAGAACAUAGAGGAAUGUUAAGGGAAGAUUCUAUGAUGGAAUACCUGAAGAUUGCACAAGAUCUAGAAAUGUAUGGAGUCAACUAUUUUGAAAUAAAAAAUAAAAAGGGAACUGAAUUGUGGCUUGGUGUUGAUGCUUUGGGUUUGAAUAUUUAUGAGCAUGAUGACAAGUUAACACCUAAAAUUGGUUUUCCUUGGAGUGAAAUAAGAAAUAUUUCAUUUAAUGACAAAAAAUUUGUUAUAAAGCCAAUCGACAAAAAAGCACCUGAUUUUGUUUUUUAUGCACCUCGUCUGAGAAUCAAUAAGCGGAUUUUGGCUUUAUGUAUGGGAAACCAUGAGCUAUACAUGCGAAGAAGAAAGCCUGAUACUAUUGAAGUACAGCAGAUGAAGGCCCAGGCUAGGGAGGAGAAACAUCAGAAGCAGUUGGAAAGGGCACAAUUAGAGAAUGAAAAGAAGAAAAGAGAAAUAGCAGAAAAAGAAAAGGAAAGAAUAGAACGUGAAAAGGAAGAACUUAUGGCACGUCUCAGGCAAAUUGAAGAACAAACAAUGAAAGCCCAGAAAGAGCUAGAAGAACAGACUAGACGAGCUCUGGAACUGGACCAGGAACGAAAACGAGCAAAAGAAGCAGCAGAACGGCUUGAAAAGGAGCGUCGAGCUGCUGAAGAGGCUAAAGCCGCUAUAGAAAAACAAGCUGCUGACCAGAUGAAGAAUCAGGAACAGCUAGCGGCCGAACUUGCUGAAUUCACUGCCAAGAUUGCACUUCUAGAAGAAGCCAAGAAGAAAAAGGAAGAGGAAGCUACUGAGUGGCAACACAAAGCUUUUGCCGCCCAGGAAGACUUGGAAAAGACCAAAGAAGAGUUAAAAACUGUGAUGUCUGCCCCCUCUCCACCUCCACCACCACCAGUCAUUCCUCCAACAGAGAACGAGCAUGAUGAGCAUGAUGAGAAUACUGCUGAGGCUAGCGCUGAAUUACCAUAUGAAGGAGUAAUGAACCAUAGAAGUGAGGAAGAGCGUGUAACAGAGACACAGAAAAAUGAGCGUGUUAAGAAACAACUCCAGGCGUUAAGUUCGGAAUUGGCCCAAGCCAGAGAUGAAACCAAGAAAACACAAAAUGAUGUUCUUCAUGCUGAGAAUGUUAAAGCAGGCCGUGAUAAGUACAAGACUCUGCGACAGAUUCGACAAGGCAAUACAAAGCAGCGUAUUGAUGAGUUUGAAGCAAUGUGAGAGCUGUUAUUUUGCAUACAUGUUCUUCAUAAGCUGAACCACCAACAGAGAAAAGCAGGCCUUUGCAGAUGUGAUGGAAUGCAUCUUACCUUGCCAAAGCACUUAUACCAGUUUGACUGUGGUGGUUAAGAGACAAAUUUAAGGGGAGCUCUUCAACAUUAAGGCAGUGUGAUGUCAUGCUUGAUUUCUUUUUCUUUUGGGCCAGGAAACAGAGAACAGUGUUCCAU